AUGUCUCAGACAAUUAAGACAGUUAGCAUCCCAAACAUCGCUUGGGAGACCGCCGCCAACAUCCACUUCCCGCCGGCCUUCAACGAGAAAAAGAAGUACCCUGCUGUUGUAUCAGCGCAUCCGAUUGGUUCCUGCAAGGAGCAAACCUCUGGCAAUGUCUACGGUAAAGCAAUGGCCGAUGCCGGCUUCGUCGUUGUUGCCUUCGAUGCAUCUUUCCAGGGUGCCUCCGGUGGUCAGCCUCGCUUUACAGAGAAUCCUGAGUUUCGUGUUUCCGACUUCCGCUUUGUGAUCGACUAUAUCCAGACACUUCCAUAUGUGGAUCCGAAGCGUAUUGGUGUUCUUGGAAUCUGCGGCGGUGGCGGCUACGCGAUCAAUGCAGCCAUGACAGAUUACCGCCUGAAGUGCUGUGUUGGCAUUACACCAGUCAAUUUCGGCCGCCUUACCCGCGAGGCCUUUGGUGAAUUUAACCCUGCCGGCUCUCUGCAGAAGAUGGCCGAUCAACGUACUCUGGAGGCCCAAGGUGGCGAGCGCUUUGUUUUGAACUACCUCCCCCCUUCGGUCGCCGACGCUCAGAAGGCGACUACCGAUAUUGAUGUUAUCGAGGCUACUGAGUACUACAAGACUUCUCGUGGCCAGGCCCCCAACGGUGCCACGAGCGGGUUGUUCUCAUUCAACAGUGCGGCUCUUGCAUGGGAUGCUUUCAACCAUGCAGAAGUACUCUUGACCCGACCCUUCAUGGUCGUUAUCGGAGACAAACCCGGUGGCUUCGGCGCCUACCGCGACGCUCAGGAGGUUUACGGCCGCGCUGGCGCGAAGGAAAAGCAGAUUGUUGUCCUUCCUGGUAUCUCGCACUAUAACCUUUAUGAUAAACCCGAAGCUGUUCAGCCCGCGCUUGAACAGGUGCUUCCCUUCCUCAAGAAGCAUCUUGGCGAAGCUGAAUAA